AUGCUGACCCUGUCAGAACAACCAAUGGUCACAGAUUGGGAAAAGAAACAUGUGCAGGCAAUGCAUCAGUGGUCUAAAGGCUACAUGACAAAAGCUUCUAUCAUAUGGGAAGACAUAUUAGCUGAAAAACCGAAAGACAUUCUUGCACUGAAAUUUGCACAUGAUACAUAUUUUUAUUUGGGGCAUCAUCCACAAAUGAGAGAUUCUAUUGCACGUGUGCUACCUCAGUGGAACAAAGACAUACCUUUGUAUAGUUAUUUGUAUGGCAUGUUGGCUUUUGGCCAAGAAGAAAAUAAUUUGUUUUCUGAAGCUGAAAAGUCUGCCUUUAAGGCUUUAUCGCUGAACAAGAGAGAUGCUUGGGCUACACAUGCUAUUUGUCAUGUCAAUGAAAUGUUAGGCCAACAAAAAGAAGGCAAUGACUUCCUAGAAAAGACGGAAACAGAUUGGUCAUCCUGUGGGAUGUUGGCAUGUCACAAUUAUUGGCAUUGGGCACUUUAUCACAUUGAAAGAGGAAAUUAUGAAGAAGCUGUAAGCAUAUAUGAAAAAGCUAUUCGCCCACGGUUUGCAACAUCAGGUGCCAUGUUGGAUAUUGUUGAUGCUGCAUCAUUACUCUAUCGACUUGAGCUUGAAGGCGUGAAUUGCAGUGACAAGUGGAAAGAAUCAUUUGAGAUUUUCCAGCCUCAUAUUGAUGACCACGUUCUUAGUUUCAAUGAUGCUCAUAUUAUAAUAUCCUGUUUGGGAAGUGACAAUAAAAAUGAAGCUAUUAGAUUUUUAAAAUCCUUGCAAGACUUUAUCAAAAAUGGAGAAGGAGACAAUUGUGUUAUCAGCCAAAAUGUUGGGAAAAAACUGUGUGAAGCAAUUUUGGCUUAUCAAGAUGAAAACUUUGAUGCAGCUGUUGAUAUUCUGAUGUCAAUUCGUUAUCAAAUCAUUACAAUUGGAGGAAGCAAUGCACAGAGAGAUAUAUUUAAUCUCCUGCUGAUAAAUGCUGCCCUGAAAUCACCUUUAAAACAGCAUAACAAAUUGGCCAGAAGUUUGUUGUAUGAAAGGAAAUCUCUGAAGGAAAAUGCCCCAAUGACUGACCGGUUGAUGGCUCGAGCAAUGGCCAUUCAUAUUGACUAA